GCCGCCGACGUGCAUCCCCAGGCUUUACAACCCGCAAUCACCCAUCUUCCUCCACCACCCACAAAAUCCCUUCCCCAGAGAACACGGUCUCAUCCCUUUGCACAUCACACCCAUCCUGCAUAUCUAGUGCCUGACUCCGAGCCAAACAAGCUCGCUUUGUGGUCACAACUAUCGUCGAACGUUCGGGACGCCGCCCGCUAAACCCUCCGUCUCGCCCUAACCAUUUGAACAAUCCGGCCGUCGCCUCGACACGCAAUUGUUGUCAUAAUCCGCCUCUCACCCCGCCGACUCGAGGUCCUGUGCUUCAUCUCCUGCCAUUCCAACUGCCCAGCGCAACUUUGGACAGAUCCCCAGGUCCAGCAACUCCCACCUGUGAUCAUAUCACUUGGCCAUUGUGCAUCUACCGGCACGCAGCGCUCGACCUGCUCGUUGUCCACUGUCUAUGAGUUUGCUAUAAGGAAAUCGUCAAUCCACCCAGUAUACAGCCGCCACCAUGCCUGGUAUACUACCGAUGAAGAUGAUUCGGGUGGGGAGCAGCGCACAGAGUAGGAUUGCGCAAGCCUGUGACCGAUGUCGCAGCAAGAAGAUCAGGUGUGACGGUGUACGACCUUGCUGCACUCAAUGUGCCAAUGUCGGAUUCGAGUGCAAAACAAGCGACAAGUUGAGCCGUCGGGCUUUCCCCAGAGGUUACACAGAAUCUCUGGAAGACCGCGUGCGCGGACUCGAGGCGGAAGUGCGCGAACUGAAAGAUCUCCUGGACGAGAAGGAUGAGAAGAUUGACAUGCUGUCUCGCAUUCACAGCUUCUCUCCACCAUCACGGAAGGGGUCAGAGUCCUUGUCGCCCUCCAAUGCGGCCCAAGUCAAGGCCGAAGUGGCCUCCAUCAGAGAAGAAGUAUUGCAUGUGGAAAUACCUGCCCCUGUCCAACCUCGAGCGACCUCGACUGGCUCCUCCACGACCCUUUCCCUCAUAGAGGCUUUCGAUCAAAAGGUGCAAGAAACUGGGCGACAGUCUCCUGGAUUUUCGACCUCCGAACUCCAAAAUGCCCUUCAACCAACCCGGCAGACCGUGAAUCCAGGUCCCAAAAUCCCUCCUAGAAUCCUUACCGACCAAUACAUCAACAUCUUCUUCCAAGAAUGGCAACCUCUGCUUCCGAUUCUCCACCGACCUACCUUCCUUCGCGUAUACGAGCAGUACCUAGCCAGCCCAGAGGCAGGAAAUUGGCAAAACAACAAACAAGCCCUGGCCCAGCUUUUCCUGAUCUUCGAGAUUUCGGCGCUGUCCGAUAUCACCACCCCUAAGAAGAACACCCCAUCUUAUGAGACUCAAUGGCGCAAGGCUCUUUACUCAACUUCGUCUAAUGCCUCACUUUCUACCUUGCAAUGUCAUGUUCUCGCUCAAAUCUGCUACAUGUUGCGAGCGGACUAUACGCAUCUUGCCCGUCACCGAGGCAUUGCAGUGACCAUGUGUCACGAGUUGGGUCUCCAUCAAGUGCACAAAUAUCACAGUCUGUCGCCAUUGGAGUCCGAGACACGGAAGAAAGUCUUUUGGUGUCAAUAUGUCCUAGACAAGUUUACCUCUGCUACGACCGGCACACCGAUGCUGCUCCGUGACGACGAUAUCACCACCGAGUUCCCUGCUGAUGUAGACGACGAGAAUCUGACCGCUCAGGGGUUCACUCCCACUCUUCCAGGGGAACUCACCAAGAUCUCCAGCGCAUUGGCAUUCUUCCGCCUGACCAAGAUCCUUUCGAAAGCGCUGGAUCAUCUUUACCCGGCAAAAGCAAGCUACCAGCUCUCCUUGAACAAGUUACAUGCGCUCUCGGACGAGCUUGAUCAGUGGUCCGAAGAACUACCUGAACAUCUACGUUUGCGCUUUUGUAACGACAAGCCGGCCACCCAUAUGAUUAGCUGCCGAUCACCGCUAUUAUCUCUGGCGUACUUUUACACAAGAAGCCUGAUCCACCGACCGCUACUCUGCCAUGGUUCGGGUAGUGCGGCCUCUGCCGCCGGUAUCGUUUUGGCCGCCGCAGGCAAGCAUAUUCUGCAGAUUGUGGACCUACUGUUGGAACGCCGCAUGAACUACACCUUUCCUCUGAACAAGGCCGAUCUGCUGUUGAGCUCUGGCGUUUCCAUUCUGUGGCAGACUCUAGAUUUGGACGACGACAGCAAGCUUGUCAAGGACAACCAGAAGUCAUUGACCCUUUCGGUCGGUAUGCUCAUGAAUGAGCACAGCGUGGCAGCUGCCGAAUUCCAGAAGAUGGCCGCCUCUCUUGUCGCGCUCGAAGGCCGACCUGACGCAUCGCCAAAGAGUCAGAGUCUGGAUAACGGUCCACAACGACCAAGUACAGCUAUGCCAGCUCCUGCGGAGACUAAGUCCAAGUCAACUCGAAAGCAGCUACAAGCCAUAGCGUCAAGAUGGUCGAGCUUCAGCACGAAAUCGAAAUCGGUCGAAGCCCCUCGCCCUGCCAUUGGCAUCCAGAACGGACCGCCGUCUUUGAGCCCAGCGCAUCGUGCCGCCAGCACUGUGAGUCUGUCUUCCACCCGAUCUGCGCCAGUGAUGCCUCUGAAUGCGGCGUCGCCGAGUCAGCCCACCACGUGCAGGGCGAUCGACACGACGGCCAUCAACCUGGAUUACCUGCCACUGGGGGAUGAGUUCAUGACGUCUCAGACGAGAACAUCGUCGAGCACAAUGCUUCCGCCGAAGAAACAGCCAACCCCGACCCCGACCAUUGUAGACGCAAGCUGGGAUCAACUUCUGACCAACUUGGACGACAACCCGGCCCUUUAUGGUGAUAUGACUGCCACCGGAUACCCAUUGUAUCAGCCAAAUAGCAAUGAGUGGACACCUGAUGCAUGGCACCUGUCCGGGAUCGACCUUGCCACCAAAGCGCCAGUCCCGCAGAGUCUGCUUAGCUUUUCAGAAGAAUCUCUGACGAGCGGAGAUGACUUCCUGUUCAGCGCUCCAAGCAGUCACAAUGGGUCCACCUCGAUUGGGGAUGGUCUCGACCCCGCUGAAACAUAUCGGGGCAUCACCAUCCCUGUGGACGACGAAUUUGACUUCCAUGAAGUGGAGGCAUAAACAACUACAAUAUGUUCAUUUUGUUACACUUUCAAGACCUUCGUGCUGUUGUUAGACUGACAACAGCUGUUCAUGCCGCGAGAUAGGGAGGCGAUGAUUUCGCCUACAGGGGUUACAGCAGUGAUUGUGUCAAUGUGAAGAUUGAGAAUGCUAUACCCAGGAUGUUGGUUACCUCGGCUAUCGAGCCCAAAAGUGGUGUUUGGUUUCUUUGUUGGAUUUGACUGUCGCAAGACGAUGAUACCAUGAAUGAAUCAGAUGGAGGAGCGUUUGAUCACAGGGUGUAUACUGUCCGGUAGGACGGUAAUGGAGUUUGUACAUCAACAAUCGAACAAGACAAAGCGUGCUUGCGGAGAUAUUGUGUCAUUUGCGAUCAAAAGGCUUUUGAGUUUUGUCUCUUAUUUCAUAUUUGCUAGUUCGAACGAGACAUAAAGUUAUGCUCACUGCAUUUCUACCAGUAGGCGACUAUAGGACUGUACGCAUAUACUAUAGAAAUGAUUGACCUGGAGUUGUGAG